CCGUUUUUGCGUUUUUUUUCCAGGCACUCUAACUGUUACGAGGGCAAACCGUUCACAUUUAUGAACAUUUAUCAAACCAAAGCGCACCUUUCUUAUUUGCAGCGAAGAGCACAUUUUAUCAUAUGGUAAUAUAUUUUGUGUUUGCUAGCUCGACUAAAUCUGGUUGGUCGCGUGUUGCUGACGCCAUACUUUUGACAUUGGCAUGGAGCGUGAUAAAAGGGUAACAUCAAAAAGCUGACCCAGUGUUCGCUGUAAUUAUGGCUCUCCCCCUGCUUUCAAGAUCACUUACUGGGCUCCUUGUAGAGUCGUCGUCCAUUUUUCACCAGCGGACUUUUAGUGUAUCUGCUGUUGCAGCAGCCAUUCAAAAGAUGACAAGAGUGCGCGUGGUGGACAACAGCUCUCUUGGAAAUACACCUUAUCACCGUCCGCCAAGAGUGAUCCAUGUCUACACCAAGACUGGCGUAGGAAAAGUGGGUGACAAAGUGCUGCUGGCCAUCAAAGGACAAAAGAAGAAAGCGCUAAUCGUUGGACACAAAAUGCCUGGACAACGCAUGAAUCCGCGCUUUGAUUCGAACAAUGUUGUUCUGAUUGAGGAGAAUGGGAACCCUACAGGAACAAGGAUUAGGGUCCCUAUACCCACACAUCUACGCAAAGUGGAGGGGGAUUACUCUAAAGUCCUUGCAAUUGCUAGUUCAUUUGUGUAAGAGGCAUCAUUUGGCUGCUGUUUUUGGUAUCUGUGCUUUGUUUCACAUUGGGUGGGAGUAUGUGAUUCUUGUCUUCAGUAAACUUUAGAGAAGCGUAUACUGUCAGAGUUAUUGUCUCUAUACAGUAUUCUGUUAUGUAAUGUAUGUAAUUGACACAAGACUUUCUCAACAUGCUUGACAUUUUACUGAGGCCCCUCUGUGCUUACAAUAAACAUAACCUUUACCUUAA